GUCAUGCUUGGGAUGCAGUUACAGAAGAACCUAUGGGAGUAAGUGUAAAUAAUGACCUAGAGGAAAAUGAUGUAGCUGUGGAGAAUGAGAAUGUAGAUGUUGAGGCAGAGAAUCCUAACCCAGCGACCCAUGAGCCAACCAUUGAGAUUUCUAGUGAUUCAGAUGAAGAGCUCGAAAGUGAACAGGAGAUGGCAAGUGAGCCUAAUCAAGAUGAAGACAUGGAAGAAGAUGCAAACCCUGAGGAAGACCCCGAUGAAGACCCUGAAGAAGAGUUCGAUGAUCUUGAGAUCUAAAGUCACUCCUAAAACUUUCAGGAGCGAUGGAUAGGCAAGAGGCCACAAAUAUUUUGAAGUCAUAAAUAGUUAAUUAGCUCUUUCAUGUUUUAAAGAAUAAGUAGCAAGCAAAGCUACAACUGUUUAAGGUUUAAGUUUAUUGAAGUUUGAGAUGUUCUUUAUUAUUUUCAAGGAUGUAAUAAACCUCUAUGGAGUUAGCAAUAAAAGUUAAAGUUUUCAAGGAAUUGUUCUUUAUUCUAUUUUGAGGAUUCCAUAAUACCCCAACCUCUAGGUAGUACGUCAUGGAUUAAUUUUUCUAUUGGGUGCAUACUCAGUGUGAAUUGUGGAUCAAUUUAAUUGCCACAAUAAUAUUAAAUGAUUUGAGUACAUAAAGGAAGUGAGGGCCAAUCUAGACCCUCAUGACCAAUAUGAUUCAAAAUGUUAUGCCUUAUGUGCAGUGUGUGAAUGUCUUUCGUGAAUUAUUGAGGAUGAUUAUUUUUCAAUGAUUAUUGCAUCUUGUAGACGAUCGUUGCACCUUCGUAAACGAUUGUCGUGCCUUCAUAGAUGAUGUGUAUUAAUGUGAACAGUGUUGGUUGAGGUGAUCUUUAUGGUCAAUUCAAGUAUUAAAUUGUAUGGGAUAACGUAUAGGUGAUGUUUCAAACCUAAAGUAGAGUAUUCUAAUUGCAGGUCACGUUCUAGAAUGGCCAACAACAAUGAUCUAGCCGUGGCUAUUCGCCUUUUGGCGGAAAAGCUGACUCAGUAAAGAACUGAGCGCCCCAAAUCUGCAGGGGAAAUGUUUGAAAGACUUGCUAGGGUUAAACCACCAUACUUCAAGGGACAAUCAGACCUUACCUUCUUAGAAAAUAGGAUUAGGGAGUUUGAGAAACAGUUUGAGGCUGUGAGUUGCCCUAUGAGUAUGAGAGUAGGUCAAGCUGUCCUUUACCUAAAAGAUGAAGCCGAUCUGUGGUGGAGAGAGAAUGAAACUAGGCUAAGUACUGCCGAGAGAUUUAAUUGGGACUCAUUUGUUGUUGCAUUGAGGGAAAAGUUUUAUCCUCCUUUUAUUACAAAACGAAAAGCGCAGGAAUUCAUAAACCUUGGGAUGGGGAGUAUGACCAUCGCUGAAUAUUAUAGCAAAUUUAUAGCGUUGUCGAAGUUUACACCUGAGGUUGUAGCCAUAGAGGAGAUAAAGGCUCAGAUGUUUGAGCAAGGGUUGACCGAUGAGAUCCAGUUGGAAUUAGGUGGAGAAACCUUUAUACCUUUAGAGAAUGCGUAUGAGAGAACCGCCCAUAUUCAUGGUUUACAGUCUAGAAGGGACAAGAAAAAUGUUGUUGGGGAGAAAAGAAAAGAGUUUGAUGCUGGGAAAAACCGAGGGAAUUUCAAGAAGAAUAGAAACGUGAAUAGGAAUGAGAGUGGAAAUGGAAAUUUUCAGGGAAGAAGCAAUCAGGGGCACCACAACAAUUCGAACCAAUCUAAGAGAGUGCAUCAUUGCAAGAUGUGCAGUAGCAAUCACCCUGGUAAGAACUGCAACGGAGAAUUAGUGACCUGCAACUAUUGUCAAAAAAGGGGACAUAGGGAGUAUGAGUGCUUCACUAAGCACAGAAAGGAACAAAAUAGUAAUAAAGCUGGAAACCAAGUGAGGUUUAACCAGUCUGGAGGUCAAAAUUCAAAGCCUGGAGGGGCACAAAACAAUCAAGAGAACUAUAAUAAGCCUGCAAAUGAUAACAACAACCCGAAUAAGGCUCCAGGAAAGUUGUACAUGAUGAAUCAGAAUGAGGAUGAACGAUCUGCCGAUAUAGAUUCUGGUGGAGAAUUCUCCGUAGGCGACUUUUGAAUUAUUAAAGUGGUCUUGCAGUUUGUUUACACAAGGUACGUACAUACCUGCGUGCUUGGAAUGUGUGCUAAUUGUUGAAAUCAUGUUGAUAUUAUUGUUGAACUUGGUGAUGUUGAUAUUAUAGACAAACUUGGUUAUAUGGAAUGUGCAUGUUUAAUACUGUUGGACAAACUUAUUGAACUUAUUUUGCACUAUAGGAACUGUAACAUGUUAGUAUGGAUGUUUGAUACAAACAUGUUGGUUGGGAACACUAGAUUAUUCUAUAUGAUUGGGUUGGAUCAAUUGGUUGUUGUUCCCUUUCUAUCUUUUCACUACUUUAUAAGGGCGGAGGACCUUGUUUAGUAAGUUGAAACUCUAUGCCCAUAUACAGGGUUGCUCAUGGUUAAAGGAAAGGUUGGUUAAGUUGGAAUGAGUCUUGAUUGAUGCUUUUAUGAUCACUCACUUAAUUCCAAGAUAAAAACAGUUGUGAACAAAUGUGAAUUGUCUGUCUUAUGUAAUGGUUGAGUCAUAACGGAAUCUCAAUUUGUAAAUCAUGUAAAGUGAAACUGAAUAGCAAUAGCUUUAGACUGUGCACGUCUGAAGUGACGGACAAACAGGAGUUGGGGUUCAUGGUGGUAGCCCAUGGCCUUUUCUGGGACCGGAUUGAUCACCGUGUCCUAUUUUUAUUUAAACGUUCCUCGAUAUCGCAGGUCACCGAGGUUACGGAGUCGCGCCCGUACCUCGUCUUCCUUAGUAAAGACUUCUGGAUGGUCAACUCGGUCCAUUGUCUAUUUCAACUAAAAUAAUAUUAUGGUUAUUAAGCCUAGCUUAGUCUAGUCAAGUAUAAUCGUCAAUUUAUUAUGUUUUGUCUGUCCUUACUUAUAUUUAUUAGUAUCAUGUUAGGGUUGUUGGUUUGAUAGUAUCAUGCUAGGAUUGUUGUUGUUUUAGUAUGUAGUACUCAGCUUUGCUGAUUACGUGCUUGUUUGUGUGUGUUGA